UGCCACUGCUCCUGGCAGCACCAGCAGCAGUGCCGGCACCUCCCUCUUGCCCCCCUCUGCUGCUGCCGGUGGCGGUUCCUCGUUGCCUGCUCCGCUGGCUGCCCGGCUGCAGGAGGAGGCGGGGCGGGCGGCGGAGGCCUUCACCUACUGGCUGAGCUACCUGGUCCGGUUCGUGUCCACUCGGGCACUGCUGUCCCCCUCCAGCGACCUGGGCGACCUGCUGCUGCGCCUCAACUUCAACGACUGCUACUCCAAGUACUUCAUGCCGGAGGAGGUGGUGGCGCAGCAGCUGGCGGCGCAGCACAACGCGGCGCAGAG